AUGACAAUUGCUUUUCCAAAGGCCGUUGCUUAUAACACAGGAGGAUACAAAACAAUUGUUUAUGAUGAAAAAGAAGGAAAACAAGUCGUAGACAUUUGCGAACUUGAUACAGGCAAACUCCUUGCAAGAAAAGAAAGAGUUCGUCAUACAUCUGGCAGUGAUGGACCAUGGGAAUGGACAUAUGGAUCACCAAUUGAACAGAAGCAAGAAGUUGAGACAAUUUCUGCUUCAUCUAAGAACCCAGUCUUCUUACGCCUUGAUACAGACAAUGAAUGGCAAUGGAGAGUUAGAAAUAUUCCAUAUCCUGCUAACUUUUACAAUGUAACUGUUGAUGAACCAAAGAAUCAAAUUGUAAUUCGCACAACAAACAAGAAAUACUUCAAGAGAAUCGAUGCUCCAGAAGGAGAAAAGUUUGUUCCAUCUAAAUUACAAUGGGCUUGGUCUUACAAUACAUUAGUUAUUCAACAUGAAAAACCACCACGUGUUGUUGCUGCAGAUAAGGAGCUUUGCAAGUGGCGUCGCGGUCUUCCAUUACAAGAAGACAAAGACCCAGACUGCCGCGUUUAA